AUGGAUUAGCAUAAAGAUUUUAUUCAUAGAAAGUUAGCUGAGUUGUCGGACUUGAAGUAGAAGAAGAAAAAGAAUCCAAUUUACAAUGAAAAUUAAGACGAAGACAUCAUAAGAGCAAAAAUUAACAGAGUUUUAAAUGGCCCUAAGCAUAUAGUCAAUAUAAUUAUGAUUAUUAUUAAUAUUUUUGGACUUGCUUUGUGCGCUUGCCAAAUCUAUAAUAGAUGUCUUAAUCUUGAUUAUAUCAUUUUAAUCAUUUAUUUUGUUUUGGCAUGUGGGCCUCAAAUUUAUCUUUUAAUAAAUAAAAGAUUCCCUUCAAAAUUAAUUGGAUUAUCAUACUUAAUGUAUAGCAUUUUCUAUCUUGCAGGAGCUGUUAUAAUCAUCCUCUUUUUUGUAUAAGGUAUUGAAAGUAUCAUAUGCUAAUAUGAAGUAUGCCACUAAUAUUAUGGUGGUUCUUGGAUUAAAAAUAAUUACAGAGAAAGCGAAAGUCUUUGUUACUAAAAUCCUUCUAAAUAAAAUCUAAAAUAAAGAAUACUUGAUAUACUGACAGAGUAUUAAAAUUAUCCUUAAGUGUAAUAAUACUAACUUGAUGAUAUAGCCUUGAUACAAUUUACAAGCUUUUAUGUUUUCUUUAAUGUACUAAUUAUUACAAAGCUAAUCUAUUCAGCAUACUUGAUCAUUUGCUAUAUAAUGAUAUUGACAUACAAAAAAAAACACAAACAAAUAUUUAAAAAGAUGAAAAAAGAUAUUAACAAAAAUAAUCUUAAAUAUAACUUUCCUUAGUAUUGA